CAGGCUGAUAUUGUUUUGGAGACAUUUUUAGAAAAACAGAAGAGCCUUCAAGGAGUCAUCCAACAAGCAGAGAUGGGCCUUGUAGACAAAGAGAAAGAAAAAAAAGUAAAGGAAUCACACGCCCACUACAAGCACCUGUUGGGAAAGCGAUUGAAGCUGCCCACUGAAACACAGGAGGAGCUCGACAGAGUUCAUGAGGACAGCCAGGAGGUGGCACUGCAGCUCUUCAAGGCCUGCAACUUUAAGGAUGAGAAUCAGCAGUGCGAGAGAGAACUCACUGGGCUUAUGAAUGAGGAGUAUGAGAGGAAGUGUAAGGAGAAUGCAGACCUCUCUGAGAGACACUGCAGCGCUCUACUAAACCAGCUGUCAGCAGGACUGAUCCCACAGGCUUUCAUGAAAUCAGGAGGUUAUGAAGAAUACAAGAUGCAACUGGACACCAUCAUUCAGAAGUACAAAGAUACACCUGGCAAAGGCAUUGGGGUACCAUUUUAAUGACAAUAUUUAAACGUGAAAUUUAAAUCUUACAAAUCUCACACAUAUAGUGUUUUGUGAAAUUAGAAAAUCCAUUGCAGUUGUGAGGUUAUAAGUUCAAUCUUGUGUCUAUCUCAAUGCAAAAUGGCUACUCUGUUUGAGCCUCUGUCCAUUACAGUCAGGAAAACCUUGCCUUGGCUCUUUACCAGCACAUCAUAUUCACAUUACCCUCAUCAU